UUAGAAUUUUUCAGUGUUUUUUUAACGUUGCUAAUCUAACUCGUUUUCUUCAAGUUUUCCUCGAUGUAGUUAUUAGGUUUUCAAUAUGUCUCUAAAAUAAGUAGAUAAAUAGGUUUAACAUCUACUGGAAUCGUAAAUGACGCCCACAAAGACUACAACAACUGAAGUAGAAAUGGUGAUACGAAAUAGAAAAACUGUUGUUAAAGACGGGAUUAUGACAAUGUCUGGAAUCGGCGAGCCUUCGGUGUUCCAUGCGUUAGUAGUGAUAUUUUUGGAAUUCUUCGCAUGGGGAUUGUUGACUAUGCCGAUAAUAUCAGUCUUAAAUGCGACGUUCCCGGAUCACACUUUUCUAAUGAAUGGACUUAUCAUGGGUAUCAAAGGAAUUUUGUCCUUUUUGUCAGCUCCUCUAAUUGGCGCUUUAUCUGACGUGUGGGGACGGAAGUUUUUCCUACUAGUAACAGUCUUCUUCACUUGUGCGCCAAUUCCGUUGAUGACGUUAAAUACCUGGUGGUUCUUUGCCAUGAUCAGCUUAAGUGGAGUAUUUGCAGUAACCUUUUCGAUAGUAUUCGCUUAUGUUGCUGAUGUAACAACUGAAGAUGAGCGUUCACGAGCCUAUGGAUUGGUAUCUGCUACUUUUGCUGCGAGUAUGGUAAUAUCACCUGCACUUGGUGCUUAUUUGAUGGACUUAUAUGGCGAGGCACUUGUCGUCGUAGCAGCAACUGCAGUCGCCGUUCUGGACGUCUUUUUUAUCAUGGUGGCAGUUCCUGAGAGUCUCCCUGAGAAAGUUAGACCAAGUGGCUGGGGGCCUGCUAUAAGCUGGGAGCAGGCUGACCCAUUUGCUGCUCUAAGGAAAGUCGGCGCAGAUCGCACUGUACUGAUGUUGUGCGUAGCUGUAUUCCUAUCGUACUUGCCUGAAGCUGGGCAGUAUUCUUGCAUAUUUGUGUAUUUGAAAUUAGUUAUGGGAUUUGGUGUUGUGCAAGUGGCAAUAUUUAUUGCAAUUGUUGGUGUUCUCAGUAUUGCUGUGCAAGUGGUACUUGGAUACCUAAUGAAAUCACUUGGUGCAAAGCAUACAAUAAUGGUUGGACUCUUAUUUGAGAUGCUACAACUAAUGUGGUACGGGUUUGGUAGCCGCACGUGGAUGAUGUGGGCUGCAGGAGUAUUAGCUGCACUAGGAUCACUUACAUAUCCAGCAAUUAGUGCCUAUGUUUCUGUAAACAGUAGAGCUGAUAGGCAAGGAGUUGUACAAGGAAUGGUCACAGGAGUGAGAGGCCUCUGCAAUGGUCUGGGACCCGCCAUGUUUGGAGUGAUAUUCUACUUGUUUCAUGUAGAUCUUAAUGAAGAGCAUGCCCUUGCAGGAAUUGAUGGCCGACCUGAUGAUGACAAGUACAUUAGAAUUGUUCCAGGGCCACCUUUUGUAUUAGGUGCAUUGCUGGUAAUUUGUGCCCUUCUAGUUGCAGCAUUUUUACCAGAAGAUAAUGUAAUUGCUGUACGACGAACUUCACCGGAUUUACGUUUUGAAAUUGAACAUGGACGGCGUGUAGCUGGCCCUUUGUCACCUUUAAUGGCUCCAGAGUCAGCAGCCCUCUAGCUAGCGGCUAAAGCUGGCAGAGCAGCCAGCGUUUGAACUUCAGGGCAGAUCGCCGAGGCAAUCAAUGCAUUUAGGAAGGUACCAAAGCAAACUCAGUGAUGAAUGUGAGUCUAUUCAGUAACUACAUGAGACCAUUAUCUUUGUCCUGCUUCUUACUGUUUUUUUAUUCUUUACCUGUUAUCCAUCAUUUAUAUUAGUUUUCAAGGGUGUGUACAUAUUAUAUAUUCAAAAUAAAUCAAUUUUGAGCAACUAAACUUUAAUGAGCGACAUAACACAAUAACUAAUGCAAACUAACUUCAAUAGUAAUUCCAGUACAACUUAUUUUUAUAAAUAAUAAAUUUACAGCAAAUACAUAAAACAAAUUAACUAUUUUAAGGUUUUAAGGAAAAAGGCAAAGUAUUUCUAUCUUAACAUCACAUGUGUUUUUCCAUUAACACAUAUUUUAAAAAACUAUGACUCAUUCAGGUCGGACCAUAAAUAAGACUUAAACUUUCUGAUAACACAAACUUUGUUAAUACUGUUGUAUGCAUGGAAGUAACAAUCAAGAAUUAUAUAAUUUGUAUUUUACAUGUAUUGGAUAUGGGAAUAUGGGAUAUGGGAAUAGAUGUGGGAAGCUACCUAUUUUCUAUUCACAUAAAUCAAUUCAGAUAGGACCUAGGCAUGGUUAAUGUCUUAAAAUACAUAAUCUUGAAUUAGUUCAAUAAAUAACAGUAUUUAUCCUUGAUAGACUGCGUCACAAUUCAAUUGUAAACUGAUUUGCAUGCAUUACAUUUUACGUAUGUACUUUAUUACUAUAUAUAAAUAUGUAUAUGCUAUCAAUCUUAUAUAGGCCUGCUGAGACUAGUAAGCUCAAGUAUGAAAACUAAAAUUUUGUCCACAAGCUAAAAUCUUUAAAGUAUAUAAGAA